UUUAUUUAACUUCAGCUGCUUCCUGAAUUUGAGAAUUCACAUAUUUGGAGUUUCAUGAGUUUUAUAUAGAGCAUGCUAGCAGGUAUACCUUUAUUACUUUAGGAGUUUCAGAACUUGUACCUUGGUCAUUGAUUCGGAUAUGACUCUAGAACAUAUUGUCGAAGUUACAGGCCUGUCCCCUAAGGCAACAGAGCAAGAUGUCUACACUUUCUUUGCUUUUUGUGGCACGAUCGAACAUGUUGAUAUCGUCAGGGCUGGUGAGUAUGCAUGUACAGCUUAUGUGACAUUUAAGGAUGCUUAUGCUCUAGAAACAGCUGUCUUGCUCAGUGGAGCCACACUUUUGGAUCAGACUGUAUGCAUUACGCGAUGGGGCCAGGAUGUAGAUGAAUCAGAGUUUUGGAAUAGACCUUCAUGGUCACCUGACGAUGGGAGUAGUUCAAAUGUGUCGCCACAAGCAAACCAAUAUGCAUACACAGCUGGGGAAGCGGUGACUCUGGCUCAAGACGUGGUCAAGACCAUGUUAGCCAAAGGCUAUAUUCUGGGCAAAGACGCACUAGGCAAAGCCCAAGCAUUCGAUGAGUCACAUCAAGUUUCCGCCAGUGCGGCUGCCAAAGUUGCCGAGUUGAGUGAAAGAAUUGGGUUGACCGACAAGGUGUUUGCUGGAGUUGAAGCGGUUCGAUCAGUAGACCAAAGGUACCACAUAUCCGACACCACCAAAUCAGUUGUAUCGGCUACUGGAAGAACAGCAGCAGCUGCCGCUACUACUGUGGUUAACAGCAGUUACUUCUCGAAAGGUGCUCUUUGGAUGUCUGAUGCUCUAAACCGAGCUGCGAAAGCUGCUGCGGAUCUCGGAUCUCAUGGUAUUAGCAAAUGAAACAAUAAUUAAAAUUAUUGGUUUCUUAAUCAGCAGAUAAAUUGUGUUGAUCGAAGGUGAAGUCUGGAUUCUGAUAGAAUCCGAUGCAUCAGUGCCGGUAUGAUAUAACCCAAAUUUGAAGGCUUGUAGUAUGUAUAGCUGUCAUAUGUAGGUUUUAUGGUUUGUAGCCAAUAAAGGUUUUCCUUUUCAAUACCGUGUGGUUUCGUACUUCCUAUAUUCACCUCUUUCUUGCUUUGUAAAUCAAUGCUUUACACUCGGGAUCCU